AUGAAUAUUUUCCAGAUGGACAUGUCCGAGUCGGAGGAGAUCAGUCAAGAUCAGGAGAUAAGCAGUGAUGAAGAAAUGAUGCGUCCUGAUAUCACUGAUGCGAGCUCAGUCAAUGGUGAUGGUUAUAGUACUGAUAGUGAUUAUAGUGAAAUUGAUGAUAAUGAAAAUACGGAGAGUUCGGUUGAAGGGUUAGAGGAGAUGAAGAGUACUACUGACGAGGAAUUAGGGUUUGAUCAUGAAAUAAAUCCACAGGAUGAUAGCAUGAUCCAAAAUAAUGGAUAUGUUCCAUUCAAUUCAGAUAAUUAUCAGUCCCCUCAGCUUUCUCCUCGAAGUGAGGUUGAGUCCGUGUCAUCCACAAACAUGCCUUUGGAAAUAAAUGAUCGAGCUAGUGACCUUUUAAUGGCAGUCUCAGUUGGUUCUGAUGCAAACAAGAAAAAAAUCAAUGCGAUGGCUGUUUCAGCCAUGGACGAGCUAGUAAGGAAGUGCCUUGCAGGAGAACCUCUAUGGCAGCACCGACAAGAUUGUGACCUUGAGAUUCUAAAUGAAGGAGAAUAUAUAAGAGAAUUCCGUCCAUUUGAUGCAAGUCUAGGAGAGCUAAUGAGAAUAAUUGAGAUGGAAGAUUCUCAAAAUCUUGCAAAGUUAUAUGAGAGCAAUGCAAGCACUAAUGGAACUCAACACAAACCCAUGUUUCAGCAAGAUGCUGAAAAAAAUUUCCUUCAAACUGAAGCUUCAAGACAUAUAGGGUUUGUUCGUAUGGAUGCUACCAGCCUUGUUGAGUGCCUCAUGGAUGUGAUGAAGGCAGAGUUUCAUAUGCCUACACCACUUGUUAAUAUUCGAGAGAGUCAGUUUGCAAGGUAUUGUAAGCAGAUAGGGCCUGGAACAUGGGGAGUUGUUGAUGUAUCCUUGGACAGUCUAUUCCCUUAUCCACUAGUAAUUUUUCGGAGAAGACCAUCAGGUUGUUUAAUCGUAGAAAUGCCGGAUGGAUACUCUAAGGUUAUUUGGGUUGAGCAUGUGGAAGUGGACAAUAAAUUUGUCCAUAGAAUGUUUUGGCCAAUUGUUCUCCCUGGUUUUGCAUUUAGCGCCAGGCGUUGGGUUGCCAGCAUAGUCCGACAUUGUGAGCCACAACAAUACCCCGAAAUGGGAAAGCAAGUGUGCUGGGGCUGGCUCGUAAAAUGA